AGUGAUGAUGAUCAGCACCACUCUCAGCUACAUGCACACAUUGUGACAUCAUCAUGAUGACAUCACCACACUCCACACCUCUGGUAUAAGUUGCUGCGUUUCAUGUGUUUGUGCUCAUUUGAUCUGAGACGCCGAGACAGUAAGCAGCAUGAACAUGUUCUCCUGUUGGACUCUUCCAUCUGACCAAGACGAGCCGCACAGGCGGGUAAACCAACCGGAGAAGAAGGUAAAGAAGAGAAAAUGGUGGCAGAGAUGCCAGAAGGUAGAGAUGCAGGACAGGGAGGGUGAGAAGGGAAACAGGGUAAAGGGUGAAGAGAUGGAGCAAGGAGUGGAGCAGAAGGUUUUAGAGGACCAGGCAGACCAAACACCAAUGAUGGAGAAGCAGGGGGUUCUGGGAAAAAACAAACCUGAGAAGAAAGUAAAGAAGAGAAAAUGGUGGCAGAGACGCCAGAAGGUAGAGAUGCAGGACGUGGAGGGUGAGAAGGGAAAUGAGGUAAAGGGUGAAGAGAUGGGGCAAGGAGUGGGGCAGAAGGUUUUAGAGGACCAGGCAGACCAAACACAAAAGAUGGAGAAGCAGCAGGUGGUUCUGGGAAAAAACAAACCUGAGAAGGUAGAGAUGCAGGUGGCCCCACAGGACCUGGUGGAAGAACCAGAACAGGUCGUUCUAAAGGACCAGAGGAGUAAACCAGUAGACAAGGUGGUUCUGGUUUUUGAGAUUGAGAUGAAGAAAUUAGAGCAGGUGGACCCAGUGGAGCAGGUGGACCCAGUGGAGCAGUUGGACCCAGUGGAGCAGGUGGACCCAGUGGAAAAACCUGACCAGGUCGUGAAAAAGGUAGAGAGGCAGGUGGCCCCGCUGAACCUGGUUGAAGAACCAGAGCAGGUCAUCCUGAAGAACCAGUGGAUGGGACAUGUAAAAAAUAAGAUUCAUUGCAUAGAGAAUGAGAUGAAGAAGGAGGAGAGGCAGGUGGACCCGCUAAACCUGGUGGAAGAACCAGAGCUGGUCAUCCUAAAGGACCAGGGGAAGGGACAGGUAAAAAAUAGGGUUAGUUUUAUAGAGUAUAAGCUAAAGAAGGAGGAGAGGCAGGUGGACCCAGUGAAUAAAACAGACCAGUUCGUGAAGAAGGAGGAGAGGCAGGUGGCCCCGCUGAACCUGGUGGAAGAACCAGACCAGGACAUGAAGAAGGAUCCAGCAGCUUUGGAGGACAAAAUAUGGAAACUGAAAGAGCAGAACCUGGAUAGAGGAAGCACUGAAGAUCCACUGAAGAACGUCUCCAAGGUGUCUUCAAACAAACCGGACCACGAGCAGCUGCAGGACGACGUUCUUGUUCCCCCCAUCGUUGAAGCCCAACCUGAAGAGUCCGGGGCUCUGAUGGAGAGCGCGUGUGAAGAUGAAGGUGUCCCGAUGCCGAAGUCGAGGAGAACCAGCCUGAGAACCAAACGGUUCCAGUUCUUCAAUGUCUGAAGCUGAGGUGGUGACGAUCCGGAGAUCAUCCAAUCACACGCCGACUUUUCCAACAUCAAAAUAACAAUAAAGUGCCUUCAUGAA